ACAAAAGAAAAAAAAUAUCUAUAUAUAUACACACACAAACACACACACAAACACCAUGUUAUUUCUUAAUCUCUCAAAGUGUCAAGCUGAGAGUUUGACAAAGUUCAUUAAUGGCAGAAAAGAAGAAACAGCACCACUUGUUAUUAGUAGCAAGCCCUUUGCAGAGCCAUAUCAACCAAUGCUUCAACCUUGCCAAACACCUCACAAGCUCAACAGGGGCAGCUGUCACCUUCUCCACCACCGUCUACGGCCACCGCCGUAUGUUCCCGUCCAUCUCCGUACCCCAGCAAGAAGUCAACGAUGGUCUCAUCACCUUCAAACCCUUCUCAGAUGGCUUCGACGUCCAUGGCUACCAACCUGAAUCCAUGGAUGUCAAGGAGUAUAUUACUGCCCUUAGAACAAAUGGUCAACGUACCCUUUCCACCCUGGUGAAAGAUCUAGCUGCUGGUGGCCGGCCGGUGACAUGCAUAAUAAGAGCUCCGUUUUUAGAGUGGGUGGUUGAUGUCGCCGGCGAGCAUGGCGUUCCUUCAGUUCUUUAUUGGAUACAAGCCGCCACCGCGUUCAUCACCUACUACCACUUCUUUCAUGGUUUUGAGAGUAUCAUCAGAACCCACUCCGUUGACCCUUUAUUCACCAUCCAAUUACCAGGUUUGCAACCUCUCCAAAUCAAAGACCUGCCAAGUUUCCUCACUGAGACGUCUGACAACUCACCGUAUGCUUUUUUUAUUGAUUCGUUUCGAGAGUUGUUUCAAGUGUUAAAACGGGAUGUAGCUGUGUUGAUGAACAGUUUAACUGCUUUGGAGACUGAAGCCUUAGCUUUAGUUCUUUCUCAAAGGUUGAAGGUAUUCGCUGUAGGAUCAUGCCCCUUGGCCAGCCCUGGAAAUAUGUUUAAAGAGGAUGAAAAGAAGUACAUGGAAUGGCUGGACACGAAGGAGGAGGGAUCAGUGGUGUAUAUAUCAUUCGGUAGCUUGUCAGUGAUGAAGAAGGAGCAGAUAUUGGAGAUGGUGAAAGGGUUGAAGGAGAGCAAAAGCCCAUACCUAUGGGUUGUUAGAAAGGAUAACAAAGAGAAAGAAUUACUUGAUAUUGAAGGAGAAGAAGGAGAUCAUGAUGGAAAUGGGAUGGUGGUGGAAUGGUGCUCACAAGUGAAAGUGUUGGCGCACAGGGCGGUUGGGUGUUUUGUGACACACUGUGGAUGGAACUCAAUAUUGGAGAGCUUGGCGUGUGGUGUACCAAUGGUGUGCGUGCCACAGUGGAAUGAUCAAGGGAUGAAUGCGAAGUUGGUGGAGAGUUUAUGGGGCUGUGGAGUGAGGAGUGAGAUUAAUGGUGAUGGUGUUGUUAAAGGAGAAGAGCUUGUGAGGUGUUUGGAGUCGGUCAUGGGUGAUGGAGAGAAGGGUGUUGAGAUUAGGACAAAAGCCAAGUAUGUGGAAAGAUAAGGUUUUUGAGGCUGUCAACGAAGGAGGUUCUUCUGAAAUUAAUCUUAGGGCCUUUGUUGAAAUGUUCACCGAAUAGUAGUUGUUUGGAAUCAUAUGUUUAAUGUGUGAUAAGUUACGUGUUUUGUCUUCUGAUUGUGAUUAAUUUGAUGACAUGCGUUUGGAAAAUGAGCGAUACGUCCCUAUUUUUAAUGUCAGCUUGCAAAUGGAUUUGGUUCUUUGGAAUGUUUAAUUA